CGGCUAGCUGCAACCUGCAUAGCGCAUACUCACCUAUGUACUUGUAGCCGCUGUCCUUACUUUGACCCCACGAUGGAUCCAAGCCUGGCGCUUCGACGCGACUGAAAUAGAUCCACGCCCCAGCUCUUUAAAGCCGUUGCAUUCCCCUGCGUGGCCUGGUCCAAGAUAUCCGGCCUCUUCUACAUCUUCAUCUCUCUGCAUGACUUGUUCAUUCUUCGCCAACCUUUCUCGCUGAUCUUCAUACAAACCUACACCAGCAACUAACUGUAGAGAGAGUAUCCGGGACUGGCUGCUACAUACCUAGGUACACAUCGAGUGUAUAUUUGCAUCGCUUUACAAUGCCUCCACAGCAGGGAGAAGUGUCUCUUAUGACCUUAUUUGCCGAUAUCCACUACUACUUCUCUCCACCAACAUACACCACCCAUCAUCACCGAUUUGACAAGAGUUCCUAUGUCUACCUAUACCAUAACCCCAUUCAAAGGACUGGCCGCAUAGAAGUGGCCAAUCAUGCAGGGACCCCCGAGCAGGAUGCCUUUGCUGGCCAGUUGGACACGGUCAAGGUUGAACAGUCUUACAAACACCCAUGUCUAUUCACCAUAACUAUCGAUGCGUUCCGCGGCCAGAAUGGAAGCACAGGCACCUCUCCGCAGCAGGACCUCUCUCAAUGGCAUCUCCCCACCCCCGACCCAAACAACAACGGGAAAUACAUGUACAAGAUCCACACCCUCGACAUCUACUUCUGGACCACCGACGAUGCCAGCCUCUUCCUCGACUCUCUCCGGCGAGUCGCCCAACCCCACCAACUCCACAUCCUCGAGAACCCCCAGGCCGCAUCAUCCUCCAACGACCACAAAACCGACCCCGUCAACCCAUUAGUAGCCAAACUCGAAAAAGCCGCCUUUUCCCACUCCAGCAGAAGUCCCAGUCUCAGCGGCACCCCAUCCUUCCCAGGACCCCCAACCGCUCCCCCACCACCCACAUCCAGCCCUCCCGCAGCAGACCAGACCCCAAAAUACGCGCCCAUGGCGUACAACCCCGCGGCCCCCGCGGCCCCAGAACCCAUUGCGCACCGCGAGAAAACACCGCCACCCCCAGACGCCGCCGACGGAACAGGUCUGAACGCAGUCGCAAACCAACAACAUCAUCAACAUCAACAUCAACAACAAUCAUACCCAUCAAACCCGCUCCAAACCUCCUUCGCGCCCCAACCAACCUCAUCAGCACCAUACAUCCCGGGCCCCCCCUCGCGCUCCUCAACCUUCUCCAGCCCACCCCCACAACAACAACAACAACAACAACAACAACAACAACAACAACAUCCCCAAGGCUCAAACUCGUCAAUCCCUCCGCCGCCACCCCAAAGCCCCCCAGCAAAUCUCCACCGUCUCUCCUCCCUGCCCCCAACAACACAGCAAUACGCAACAUACCCAUCCUCCACAUCCCCCCCACACUCGACAUCCUCCCCCUUACCCUCCCCGCAAUAUACCCCGCAACACGCCUCCCCGCAACAAUACCAACCCCUCGCCUCUCCUCCCCCGCCGGGCGGCUACGCCACAUACUCGUAUUCCUCUCCCCCCUCCUCAUCCACCAAUAACAACAACAACCCUCAAGCUACUCAGCAGACCGACGCAUACAACAUCCACAACCAACUCUACCGCCCGACCGAGCACGAAGCCAGCGUCAAAGACCACGAUAGACCCGGUGGCAACCUGCAUGCGAGUCAGUUGGGGAAACGCGCCGAGAAGGUGGAGAAGGGCGUCAGUCGGUUUUUGAAGAAGUUGGAUAAGAAGUUUUAA